CUCACCCCUUUAAAGCUCAUUUGAGAAGGGAGUAACAGGAGAGUCAGACAGAAAGAGAGUAAGAGAAAGAGAGAGACAGAGGGUGAGAGAGCAGGAGGAGAUAGAAGUUGUGCAGACAGGGUGUGUGUGUGUUUGUGUGUGUGUGGAUUGGCAGCAGCACAGAAUACCCAAUAUGGCAGAAAGCACAGAGAUGGACCAGCUCCUGAGCUCCUUUAAAAAGUUUGCCAUUCAUGGUGACACAAAAGCCACCGGGAAGGAACUGAAUGGGAAAAACUGGGCCAAACUAUGCAAAGACUGCAAAGUUGUUGACGGCAAGAACGUCACCAGCACUGAUGUAGAUAUUGUCUUCACCAAAGUCAAAGGAAAGACAUCUCGGGUCAUAACGUAUGAGGAGUUUCGGAAAGCUCUGGAAGAACUGGCUCCAAAGAGAUUCAAAGGUCAAAGCAAAGAAGAGGCAUUGCAGUCCAUAUAUAAAUUAAUUGAAGGCAAAGAACCCACCAAUGUUGGUGUAACGAAAGUGGCAAAAACUGGUGCAGUGGACCGGCUAACUGACACAACUAAAUACACUGGCUCUCACAAGGAGCGCUUCGAUGAGAGUGGGAAAGGCAAAGGUAAAGGUGGACGGGAGGAGCUUGUGGAGCACACGGGAUACGUAGGGGCCUAUAAGAAUGCUGGAACUUAUGAGGAGAAGACAAAGGCCAAGUAAGGCCUUCAUGUCAACACAUUCGAGGCUCUGAGCUCCAUCUUCAUCAGCACUUAGGUCUGGACCAAAGCCAAACUUGAACUUUGACCUGUGGCUUACACAGCCACUAAGCAGAGUGACACUUGCACACAGGAAGUGUUGUAAAUGUUUUUUUUUAAAGAACAUGGUUUCAUGGUCAGUUUUUCUUUUGAAGUUUGACAGAAAGGUAAAGGAAUCCUUUUUUUAGGUGAAAAUCAUUAAAACAGCUACAGGAAACAUGCAAGUGAACAUCACACUCUUUUGGACCGGAAGAAAAAGAGACACAAAUAUAUGGGCGCUCUUAAUUAAUUGCUAUAAUUACAUUUUCUCAUGAAUUCAUUGGUAUAAGUUUAAUAAGAGCAAAGUCAUUUAUGUGUUUCAUGUGUCUGCGUGUCCUAAUUAAGGUUUCAAUGUCAUGUCUUUGUUUUAUGUUAGUUAGUUUACUGUUACUGAAACUGGAACUUGCAUUUACAUAAUGUUGCAUAAACUGUUACUAAAUAUCCUUUGGUGUGUUGUAUUUUAAGUCUUGUGUAUUGUAUUAUGUUUUAUUUUAAAUAUCAAAUAAAACAUUCAAAAACAUCAA